AUGGACACGCAGAGUGCCCAGGAGGGCGCCUGUGAUCCCCCGCCCCGGCCGGCGCAGCCCGGCAAACCUGCCAGGUAUGUAUCCAAAUAUAGCGAAUUUGUGAGACGUGAAGCAGAGAAAAAUAAAUCUCAGUGGAAAACUAUGGGGCCAGCAAAAGUUGCAGUGCCAUCACCAAAUGAUUUUCUGCAGAAACGUUCCAAGGAGCCCAAGCCAGCACCAAAAAAAAAAGAAGAGGAGGGUGAAAAAUUGCUUCCAUUAUCAGUGCCACGGAGGACAUACCAUCCAGUUGUUCGCGUUAAAAAGAAUUUUAUAUAUAAAAAUGCAGUUGCUGUUAUCAGAGGGGAGCCCAAAAAGCCUCAACAUUUUUGUGUUGAUUCAAGACAGGGAGAUAAAUAUCUCCUUGAACCUUCAGGACUUUUUCCAAAGUACACUAGAAAAAAGAAUUAUGGUGUUAUACCGAAAUAUGUGACACGGAGAAAUGAAGAAAUGAAGAGAGAGGAGGAAGAAUAUCAAGCCAGUGUUUUGGAGCAACUCCAGAAGAAAGCCAUGAAAACUCUAUCUGAAGAAGAAAGGGAAAAUGUUCUGAAGGCACUGAAAAAGAAGUGGGAGGAAACAAAUCGUGCAUUUCAGAGUCUUCCAGUACUAACAGACACCAGUUACAAGAGGAUGCAUAAACAAGAGCUGGAAUUAAAGCUGCAACAACUGGAGCAUGACAUAGCAGCAAUCGAGAAUCACAAAACUGUCUACAUUGCAAAUGUGUAAGGAUUGUUGUUCAGAUACUGCCUCUUUUCUCCUUUUUCUCUAUCCCUGCAUCUCCAAGAAGUGCCUAAAUUCUCAGAUCUACUGUCAACUAUUUAGAAGGAAAUACUAAGUAUGUAGCUUCUUAGAAAAGUUGUUACAUAUAAUUCUCAUCUGUACAAUUCCCAAAACAUUUUGAAAUAAAAUACUUAACUAAA